AUGGAGCAAAUAUUAUAUAAUCAAAGCCUUAAAAUUUCUACCCUUUCAACUUUUCAAGGUUUAAUUUUUCUCAAGGUCCUAAUUUUUUCUAUUUUCCAACAGUUACUUUGUAAUCCAGUUAUGCAAUUGUUUGAAACGAAAGCCCCAAUAAUGGAAUCUUAUUCAACUGUUUUGUUCAAAAGUAGUUGGAAUAAAGAGCGAAAUUUCAUAUCUGCCACCAAGAAUAUAUUUAUACUAUUCUUUACCAUUUUGAGAUUAGCGGAAUAUAUUGUAUACAAACUCUCUGAUCAGAAGUAUCGGUCGCACACAUCCUUGAAUGUUCAACAUUUCAGAUGGAAUAUAAAGGGAAAUACAAAUCAAAAAAAAGAGUCUUCCUUCAACAAGGUUUGCUUACCAAGAACAAGUAUACUACCGAUUUUUGUAGCCAAUGGACUAAAAAAUAGAUUCUCAGGUCCGCUACCUGGUAAAUCCUUGGAAUGUUUCCAGAAAGCAGAUCUUUGGAAAAAUAACAAUAUCAGGCGGUAUAACGUACCAGAAACUAAAGCAGUAAACGCACUUCUAUGGCAAAAGCAAUGCACAUAA